AUGGCUGCUAAGAAGGUUCUUUUGGCUUUGACAUCCUACAAUGGUGAUUUUUAUGAGGAUGGUGCUAAGACUGGUGUCUUUGUAGUUGAAGCUAUGCAUCCAUUUAAUCUCUUCACAGAGAAGGGCUUUGAAGUUGACUUCGUUUCUGAAACUGGUAAAUAUGGUUGGGAUGAACAUUCACUGAUCCCUGAUUUUUUAAGUGGUAAGGAUAAAGAAGAUUUUGACAAUGAAAACUCAUCUUUUCACAAGGCUUUAAAGAAUGUCAAGGCUGCCAAGGAUGUUAAAGCAUCUGAUUAUGACAUCUUUUUUGCUUCUGCAGGUCACGGUACUUUGUUUGAUUACCCAAAAGCUAAAGAACUACAAGGACUAGCAGAAGAUAUUUACGCCAAUGGCGGUGUUGUUGCUGCUGUUUGCCAUGGCCCAGCUAUUUUUGAUGGCUUAAAGGACAAGAAAACUGGCAAACCUUUGAUUGAAGGUAAGGCCAUUACUGGUUUUACUGACAUUGGUGAAGUCGUUCUUAAUGUCGAUAAAAUAAUGAAGGAUAAAGGAUUGCUAUCAGUCGAAGACAUUGCUAAGAAAUAUGGUGCGAAGUACUUGGCUCCAAUAGGCCCAUGGGAUGAUUUUUCCAUCACAGAUGGCAAGUUGGUUACUGGUGUUAACCCAGCUUCUGCUCAUUCUACUGCACAGAGGGCAAUUGAUGCACUAAACUAA